AUGGCCAACCGUCCUCCAAACCCCCGACUUGGCUCGAUCAACCCUGUCUUUGACCCCAAGAAUACAGAGAUCCCCGUCACUCCUGGUGUGGACGUCACUGGUCGUACCUCUUUCUUCCAAACUCACAAAGUACUGGAAACGCAAUCUCUAUCGAAUGGACACAUGACUAACUCGGGUAAAGGCCAGAAUGAUGGUGCUGGAGAAGACGUGCUUCGUCGUCUUAGUUUGAAAGGACAUCAGCAAACCACUGACCAAGCCGAUGUUGACCCCAAGGCCGCUCACCCGAGCCUGAAUCUCAGCGGUCAAGUCAUCAGUGCCUUCUUCACCGUGCCUCACAAGAUCGGCUAUGCUGCAGGAUCAGAGUGGGAACUUCAAAGCCGCAGAGGUACAUCUGCACUGUUCGACUCAUUCGCACAUUUAUCUUCACACGAUUCUCCUUGGAACCACACACUUGUAGGCUGGACUGGAGAGAUUCAACCAAAGACUCGCGAUGGUGAUUUCAGAGAGGACAUCAACGUAUCAUCAAUGAACGUAGCUCCUCUCAACAAGGCAUCUGCCCCAAUCCCCGUGGACUCGAGUGCAUCUGCGCCCGAACCUGGUUCAACCGAAGGCAUGAGAAUCUCUAAAGAAGACCGCCAAAAACUGGAGAGAAUUCUGGACCGUGAUCCCCAAGGUAGAACACUACCCGUCUGGCUGGCUGAUGAGAUGGAUGGCGACGUGGCUGUCUUGAAGGACCAAGCCAGAUGGCGCCGUUAUGCUGAGCACGAACUAUACACUCUGUUCCACUACAAGCAGAAUGAGCCUACUGAUGGCCGCUCAAUCCGCAAGGCUUGGGCCGACUACUUCCGCCUGAACAAGGCCUUUGCUGAUACAAUUCUCUCGACCUACAAACCCGGAGACAUUGUACUCAUCCACGACUACCACUUGCUUCUGCUCCCUGGGCUGCUCCGUCAACGUAUUCCGAACAUUUACAUAGGUUUCUACUUACAUGUGCCAUUCCCUAGUAGCGAGUUCUACCGCUGCUUGAGCAGAAGAAAGGACAUUCUCGAGGGCGUUCUCGGAGCCAAUAUGGUCGGUUUCCAAGCCUUCAGUUAUUCUCGCCACUUUUCAUCAUGCUGUACCCGAGUCCUUGGAUUUGAUUCUUCGGCAAACGGAGUGGAUGCUUAUGGUGCCCAUGUCGCUGUCGAGGUGCUCCCCAUCGGAAUUAAUGCCGCAAAGACUCACGAAAUGGCAUUCAGCGAUCCUGCGGUUGACGAAAAGAUCGCCGGCAUCAGGGAGUUAUAUGCUGGCAAGAAGAUCAUUGUUGGUCGCGAUCGUCUGGACUCUGUUCGUGGUGUCGCUCAAAAGUUGCAAGCAUACGAAAUCUUCUUGGAGCGUCAUCCCGAGUGGCACGACAAGGUUGUCUUGAUCCAAGUGACCAGCCCGACCAGUGUCGAAGACAAGGAAGAAGGCACGGAUAGGACCGCCAACAAGAUCUCCGACUUGGUUGCAAGAAUCAACGGCACUUACGGAUCCUUGAGUUUCACUCCUGUCCAGCACUACCCUCAGUACUUGUCAAGAGAAGAAUACUUCGCACUUCUCCGCAUUGCUGACGUUGGACUGAUCACAAGUGUCCGUGAUGGAAUGAACACUACCGCGCUUGAGUACGUCAUCUGCCAGAAGGACAACCAUGGCCCCUUGAUCAUCUCUGAAUUCUCUGGAACUGCUGGCAGUCUGGGUAAUGCUACUCACAUCAACCCCUGGGAUUUGGGAGGCACCGCAGACGAGAUUCACCAGGCUUUGGUUAUGGACCCCAGAAAGAAAUACGAGAUGCACAAGAAGUUGUACAGAAAUGUCACAACCAAUACUGUGCAGACAUGGACAAACAACUACGUCAAGCGUUUGCUGACCAAUCUUACCUCGUUCAACCAAGCGGUUGCGACACCUGUCUUGGAUAAGACCAAACUCCUCACCCAAUACCGCAAGUCGGACAAGCGCUUGUUCAUGUUCGACUACGAUGGCACAUUGACACCUAUUGUCAAGGACCCACAGGCGGCUAUUCCCUCCGACCGCGUCAUCCGAACCCUCAAGACUCUGGCCUCGGAUCCUCGCAACGCUGUUUGGAUCAUCAGUGGUCGUGACCAAGCUUUCCUGGACGAGUGGAUGGGCCACAUCUCAGAACUUGGUCUCAGUGCUGAGCAUGGCAGUUUCCUUCGCAAACCCAAGAGCGAACACUGGGAGAAUCUGACAGAGAAGGAAGACAUGUCUUGGCAACAGAAGGUCAUCGACACUUUCCAGCACUACACCGAGCGUACCCAAGGCAGUUUCAUCGAGCGCAAGAAGAUUGCAUUGACCUGGCAUUACCGUCGUGCGGACCCUGACUGGGGUGUGCACCAGGCCCAAGAAUGCCGCAAGCUGCUGGAGAACACUGUUGCCAAGGAGUAUGAUGUGGAGGUCAUGCCUGGUAAGGCCAACCUGGAGGUUCGCCCCAAGUUCGUCAACAAGGGCGAAAUCGCGAAGCGUUUGGUUGAGGAGUACGGCCACGAGCAAGGCAUGGCACCCGAGUUUGUCUUGUGUCUUGGAGAUGACUUCACCGAUGAAGACAUGUUCAGAUCGCUCAGCAACUCGAAGCUACCCAAGGAGCACGUCUUCUCGGUCACUGUAGGCGCAAGCUCAAAACAGACUCUGGCUAGCUGGCACCUGCUUGAGCCAUCAGAUGUCAUCUCAGCUGUUGCUAUGCUCAAUGGCUCGGUCGAUGCACCCAACGUUGGACCAAUCUCUGUUGUCGAGGGAAGUGUUCCCGAGACGCGCAACGGAUAG